AUGCCGCGUAAAGAUUUCUUGCAAGAUCUCGAGCACGCUGCAGCUCCUGGUCGCUUCUCCUGCAUCUCCAAUAUCAGAGCAGGAGAGUGCGAUGGAUCGGUCUCUUUCAAGUUCACGGAACCCAAGACAGCCUUGACGGUUGAGUUCCAGGCCAUUGUAUCGGACUCCCACAACUAUCCCAAGCAUCACAGUUACUUCGUUUUCGCAACGUCCGAAAAUUGCCCCUCGGAAAUAACGUCCAGACUAGAGAGUGAUGGAUCUCUCUUCGCCGGCUUGACAAUCCAUGAGCUCUUGAUCAACUUGACGGACACCAUCGCGCAUUCCGGCGUCAGCCCUAACUCCAAAUCAAGCUUGGUGGAAGACAACCUAUCUGGCCCCGAUGAUGGCGAGUCAGUAAACAGCACUGGUGAGCCAGAGUGGGAUUCUGAUGAGGAAGAAGAUAUGUUUGGACCUAUUCAAAGCGACAGUGAAUCGCAGAAGAAUCUUCGCUGUGAUUUGCGUCUUGCCAAACAGGCUGGAUUCAAGGUGGGACAUCUGGGAUCGAAAGAAAAAUCCAUCAUUGUGACAGUCUCUUGUCGAAUCGCUAAACUUGGCAUCUCCAAUGAAGCCAUGGAUGCCUGGAACGUCAAGCCCUCGGAGUACUUGGUGUUGCUGAUCCGCUACGUUCCAACCUACAUUAAUCUGCAGCGAAUAAUGGGGGUCUGUGGCACCAUAAAGCAGAACCUGAUUCAGAUGCGAGUUGGAAUCUGCGAUUCAUACAAACCAUAUGUUCAACAUGCAGUGGAGGCUUUCCAGAGCACACGAGACCAGAGAAAAGACGAAGACCCCACGGAUUCGACAAACACACUGCCCGGUCUGUGUGGAAACAAAGCCAUGAACGAGAGCUCCCUCAAGCCUCUUUUCAUUGGAAGUUCUCUCAACUCACUACUCGAGGAGCGCCUACUUGGAAUUAUUCAGAUUCGUCUACAGCAUGGAUAUUCAUGGACAGGAGGCGAGAUAUUCUUUAAUCACAACCAAGGCGGAACUGCCAGUGGACCUGACGCGACCCCAAUAGAGUAUAACCAAUCAGAUGACUGGGCUACAUCAGCGCCAAAGAUUCUUGCGUCUGACCAUUUGGCCGAAACUGGCCGCGAUAUCUCCAUGCUAUCGUUGCCUCUUUUGGCCAUGCAAUUUACCCUUCGACAUUUUGUUAAGUGCACAGAAUUCUGCCUGGUAUGCCACUGCAAAACCAACGAUACUUUUGAGGCCUUGAAGCCGUAUGUAUGCUCCAGCGGACUAUGCUUGUACCAAUACAUGGCGCUGGCAAUGGGUUCAAGUCUUGAAUAUGAAAUUCACUCUCAGCCGCUCGUUGUUGAGUUGUUGGUCAGCCUUGCAUACACUGCAGCCGUCUCAGAGCAGCUCGAAGAGGUUCCAAGUGGUCUUAGGCUUCAAGUGCCAGCGAAGUUAUUUCAAACCGGCCCAGGCAAUGACUUGCUCUAUGCUGGAGAGUUGAAUGCAGCCAAGCUCGAUCUCUUGCCAGCUGCGCGACUUCCUCUCAAAGUUGGUGACUGGAUCGUCAUCUGUGUCGGUCCCGGUCUGAGUGGCAAUGGAAACGGUACCACGGAGGAAUGGCAUUGUCGUGUCGAGGACAUGGAAACAUCAUCUGGUCAUAUUUUUCUCUCCGGUUUAUUUCGACAAGGAAAGCGGAUACAGAACCAAAGGCUUCUGGAUGACUACCUUCAAGUCCAAUUCACAAUCUAUGACACGGAUUUGGAUACUUUGACACUGCCUUUCAAGAUGAAGAUGAUUUCUUUUAUCCUUGCUACUCUUCCAAGUGUCCAGGAAAUGUACUCAUUCAUUCAAACCGGCGGCAAGAAGAAACUCCUCUCAGCGUGGAAGGAGGUUAUCUCUCCCACUGCGUUGGAUCUUUUACGCUGGGUUGUUGCCUCAAAUCGAUCUUUGAUCAAACAAGACAAUCAAGACACGUCACAUCAAGUGACUGGAAUGAGUGGAUAUGUUCAAUUUCGCCUUGUUCAAGGUGCGGCCGACAAAGAACAGCGUUUCAUCAAUGCUAUCAACUCUGUCUCUUUGGACAAGAAUCCCAAGCACCCCACUCUAUUUGCGUGGCAUGGGAGCCCAGUGCCAAAUUGGCACAACAUCCUGCGUGUGGGUCUUCACUUUAAGAAGCAACUCCAUGGCCGUGCAUUUGGUAAUGGCGUGUACAUGUCAAAUCUUCUGGAUGUCUCAAUGGGCUACACCCACUACCCUGGUCAGUAUAACACUUCCAAGUGGCCUCAGUCUCGACUGAAAAUUUCAACAGCGGUAUCGCUUAAUGAAAUCGUCAAUUCAGUUGAGGACUUCGUUAGCCGUUACCCGCAUUAUGUUGUGCAACAUCUUGACUGGAUCCAGACAAGGUAUCUGUUUGUCCAAUUCGACGUCCCUGAGCUUGCUGCAAAGUACCCUCUGCGAACUUACAGCUCCAAAAAACAAGCAGAAGGUUCCUUUUACAAACAGCAUCCAGACCAUGUUGCUCAUGGCCCACACCAAGUUCCAAUCAACAUUCCAAUUUCAAUACUGAGCGGUCAGCGAGGCAAGAUUGUUCAGGAAAAUUGCCAAUCCGGUUCACAGGCUAGAAUGUGUGCAAUAUCCCCAAAAAGGCGUAAGAUCAUCGUGAAGGACAGGGGGGAUGAGAAUGACGACAUCACCAGCGUUGGAACUGAUAUUGAGGAUAUCUACAUCCUGUUAUCCGACGACGAGGAACCCAAAAGCAACCCGAAAACUGUUCAAGAUGAAAAUGUUGGAGGAGUCCCUAAAACCCCAUUUCACCCCGGAACCCUACAGGAAGACUCCUUGCCUACGCUUGGCCACCCGCAAUAUGCAAGUACUCCGGCGACGAAGAUCCUCCAGCAGCAUCUGGCUGCAACGGUCAAAAUCCAACAAGAAAUCCCGAUUCAGGAUCUCGGCUGGUACGUUAACCACAAAUUAGUCAACACAGUCUACCAAUGGAUUGUGGAAUUACACUCCUUCGAUCCAGAAAUCCCACUAGCACAGGACCUCCAGGCACUGAACAUGCAGAGCAUUGUACUAGAACUUCGCUUCCCUGCCCAAUUCCCCAUGGAUCCCCCCUUCGUUCGAGUGAUUCGCCCUCGCUUUGUUGAAUUCUCCCACGGUGGCGGUGGGCACGUCACAACUGGUGGCGCGAUGUGCAUGGAACUGCUCACGCAGUCUGGCUGGCUCCCAACAAUCUCGAUAGAGAGUGUCCUGUUGCAAGUCCGCAUGGCGAUCUUGAACCCUGAUCCUCGGCCUGCACGUUUAUUGCUCAAUAGGUCGAGCACGGAAUAUUCAGUGGGUGAAGCCGUGGAUGCUUACAAGAGGGUCUCGUAUUCGCAUGGGUGGAAGAUCCCCACCGAUAUCGAGAAACUUGCUUCUUGGGAAAACCCACUUCCAUAA